AACCUCGAACAAUUAAACAUCAUUCAAACGUCUGUGAAAUUAUCGUAUAAAACCUGAACCCAGCUAAAAUUCAGUUAGUGACGAAAAUUAGUAACAUGGAGUCAAAAACGAAUCUGUUCGUCUAUUUCGCAGCACUGUCUGUGAAUUUCAUGUCUUUUUCCUCUGGUGGAGCGUUUUCCUGGGCUUCUCCUGUCAUUCCAAAAUUGAACGGAAAAGUGAAUCCUGAAAACAAUCCUUUGCCAGAGCCACUAACAACCGUCGAAGAAUCUUGGAUCGCAUCUUUGAUCAGCAUUGGAGCUAGUAUCGGACCGAUCAUAGCCGGCUACUUGUCCGAAAAAAUUGGAAGAAAAAAGACUCUUCUGGCGUUUUCGGUGCCAAUAAUUAUGUCGCAUUUGAUGUGCGCCUUCGCCAACAACGUUCAUAUAUUUUACAUUGCGAGGAUCUUGCUUGGAAUUAGUAUUGGUUGCAGUUUCUCCGUUAUUCCAAAUUAUAUCGGGGAAAUUGCCGAAGACAACAAUCGAGGAUUGCUGUUUUGUGUCAUGCCCGUCAUGUGUAAUCUUGGUGUACUUUUCAAUUACGCCGUCGGUCCGUUUAUUAGCAUAAAAAUGUUGAGUUUUAUAAGUUUGGUUCCUAUGUUACUUUUUGUGACAUUAGUUGGUAUUUUUGUGCCGGAAAGUCCGUAUUACCUGGCAGGAAUAGAGAAUCAAACAGGAGUGGAGGACUCUUUGAGGAAACUAAGAAGUAAAUCAGAAGGUGACAUAAAAAAAGAAGCAUUGUACAUCAGCGAAUGCGUUGCUGAAACUAAAAAGAAUCAAGGCUCUUUCACAGACUUGAUCCAGUCCAGAGGUUUGAUGCGUGGUUUGAUGAUCACUUGUGGUCUGAUGGUUUUCCAACAGUUCUCAGGCAUCAACGCCGUGUUGGCGUAUAUGCAAUCAAUUUUCGACGCUACUGGUAUGACCUUACCUCCAGAAUAUUCUUCUAUUUGCAUUGGAGUCAUUCAGUUGUUCACUAUAGGACUCACUGCUCCAUUAAUUGACCGACUCGGAAGAAGAAUACUUUUACUAUUUUCUACAAUCGGAUCUUGUCUUUCUUUAAUAACUCUAGGUUGGUACUUCUAUCUUAAGAACAACGGAGUCGAAGUUAAUGCUAUUUCCUGGUUACCAAUCGCAAGUCUUAUCCUGUUUAUCGUUAUGUUUAAUUUAGGAAUUGGACCUCUUCCUUGGACGAUAAUGGGAGAGUUGUUUCCAUCUAAUGUUAAAUCCAUGGCAUCAACCAUCUCCUCUUGUACUUGCAUGAGUUUGGGUUUCUUGAUUAGUAUGUUCUUCCCCCUUCUUACCGAGUCUUUGGGUAUGGCCAUGUCGUUUUGGCUAUUUUCUGCAUGUUUGGGAUGUGGAACUAUUUUUAUAACUUUAACUGUACCUGAGACAAAAGGAAGAAGUUUAAUGGAGAUACAGAAUUUACUCAACAACGAGGAUAAGAAAUAAUCAUGUCAAAUUUUAGGAGCAGUACUUAAUGACAGUUUUUAUUGUUAAUUUAUUAGUUUUGUAAAUAAAUAAAAAUAUGUAUGUUA